GGGCUGGCUGAGGGACUGCUUCGACGGCCCGCUGCCGGUGCGGCGCUAUCGUGUGAGUGCCGACUCUUCAAAGGCAUGCUCUCUUCUGCAUCCUACCGCCUCAAUGCGAGCUUAUGGUCGUGGCGCCGAUCUGACUUCGCUCGGGCGGGGCUACAUGCUGACGCCUUGCUCGCAGCGUUUGUUGGCCCUCAGCGGACCGCCCGGCUCCGGCAAGACGGCAGUGAUCCGCGCACUGGCCAGCGAGCUGGACUACGAGAUCCUCGAGUGGCAGAACUCCGUCAAUCCGCACGGCCGCGUCGGAGACGGCCUCGGGAGCGGGCCGGCGUCUCUGACGCGCCGCUUCGAGGAGUUCCUGGCGCAGGCAGGGCGCUUCCCGACGCUCUCGCUCAGCAGCCGGCAAGGCGGUGCGGACGCGGGGCAUGCCGCUGCGUCGCAGGGUCAGAGUCAAGCCGGACCGUCGCGUCGACGCCUAAUCCUCCUCGAGGACCUGCCGAACCUGACGCACCAGACGACGCGCGAGUCGUUCAUUGCUGCACUCGAGCUCUUUCUUGCUCGUGCUCUGCCGUCUGACGGCUUCCCUACGCCGCUCGUGCUCAUCAUGAGCGACAGCGUCGUGCGCCAGGAUGCAGACGUCGGCCGCAUGGGCGACAGCAGCCGGAGCGAGUCGGUACGCACUGCGAUGAGCCUGCGCAUCCGCAGCAACCCGGCGUACGCCGAGAUUGCGUGAGUGCGGGCGUCGUGUCGUCAUAUGAGGCUGCACUGACACGGCGUGCAGCUUCCGUCCCGUCGCCAAGACCUUUCUCGUUAAGACGCUCGCGAGCGUGCUUACCACCGUGCGCGAGGACCCCGCGUCUACACUGCCAGC